AUGCUGGCAGAAACUGGUCUCGGUGUGGCACAGCACAACGCCGCCCAUCUGUGUGAGCUGUUAGAUCACAGUUCUGCCUGUCAGUGGAGGUACCACAACUACUCCACCUACAACCACAUCCCUCAGGAAGCUGGUGAGCUUGUUGCAUUGGGAGAUUAUUACAGUGAACUGGCUGAUAUGGUGAAGGCCAUAGACAUGUACAGUACAGCAGCAGUGUAUGGCAGUGCUCAAGGCCUCUUUAAUCUGGUCACGGUAAUUGAAGAGGGUUAUGAAGUUCCUGACAUCAUUCUGGAUCAGAUGGGACUCUUCAAUCACACCUGCAUGAAUCUGCUCUCUCCUCAUGAUCCUCUUCCUCCUGUAGGUGCAGGUGAGGAGGGGGACGUGACUCCAUGUUCAUUAGUCCUGUGGAGGAUGGAGCUGAUGCGAGCGUGGAGAGACUUCACACACAGCUCUGUUCAGCUGACGCUGGCCUGUGGGGUUUUCGCCACACUCGCAGUUUCUGUAUUCGCUGUGCUGUUACGAACUGUAACUGAACUUGCCGGACAGGACAUCAACGACAGUCCUCUGGAGACCAGAAGAGAAAACCAACAGCAGAUUUACCAGCCUACAGUCGCACACAAUCACCUUUCAGUGCAGAAAACCUCUGAUUUAAUCUUGACAGUGACUGGAGUGUGUGCAUGUGUCAUCUUUAUCAUGUUCAUUUCCCAUCUGCUUUGAAAAGAACAUAAGACUAUAUCCUUCAAUAGGUUAUACAUCAGCCGUCACUAUCGAUCAACACUCUUCAACUCAGGUUACUGCAGGAGAACUGAACCAGUAUAUAUGCACCUUAAGUUGCUUUGGAUAAAAGCAUGAACA